UCUAAUCUUCUUGGAUUUAUACGAAUUCUUUUAUAUUUACAGAUCUGCACAAAACUAGCUGAAGAUCGUACUCUUCUACACUUCUUUUUCUCUUGUACUGAUGGAGCAGAUCAGUUUAUUGUUUUUUCACUGCUUAUUCCAUUCUUAUAUGAACAGAAUGACGUGGGACAACUUGCUCGCGAUGCUCUACUGCUCAUUCUUUCCGUCUCUGCAAAACAUGAACAUAUUGCAGAGUUUGUUGCCUACAAGAGUGCCUUUUGCCCUGUUGUGGCCACAGGCCUUUCUGGGUGUUUCUCUCAACUGGGUCGUAUCCUAACCGGUGAUGGAGCGGAAAGAAUUGUACCCGAACAUGCAGCUGAAUCGCUUGCUAAUUUUCACUCAUCGCUCCUUUUCUGUAACGCUGUGGUUCAGGCUGCACACCCAUCCGUGGUUGAACAGAUCUGCAAUUUCUUCUACUCUGGUUUUCUCAUAUCCGUUGUAAAACCAGCGCUGUUACAAGAAGAACAGGAGGGAGUAGCAGCAGCCACGGUGUAUCUACAAUUAUGUGUAGAAACCGUCACAGAAGCACCAUUGCUUCGAACAAUAAUCAGAAUGCUGUUGCUUGAAGUGGAUGAAGAUCGUCAAGCACUUGUUGAUGUGAUUGUACGACGAAUAGCCAAUGGAGACAAGGUUUACUUGGAUUUUUUGAAAUGUUUCCAUCUUCAAAACCUUUUUUAA